AUGGUAGCAUUACUCUGCUCGACGAGUCUGUGCGGUGAUAUUACGGUCACUGAUACUUUUCUACUUAGUAACAGCAAAGGGAAAUGCUAUUGGAGACGCGAUAAUUUGGUUACCGGCGGAUUAAAGCUCCACGCUUUGAAGGUUGGGUCGGUGUUUCAUCGGAAGAAACAGUGGAGAAAAGCCAUGAGAUGUAGAGUAGUCUCAGUGAAAAGCUCAGAUUUUUCGGUUUCUAUGAUAAGCAAGACCUUGAAAUCUAAUUCUUCGUCGGAUGAAGUUACCAAGGUUCUAACGUCGAUGCCUGAUACCGACUCUGCGUUUACGUAUUUCAAAUCAGUGGCUGAGAAUCCGAAUUUACUUCACACCACUGAGACUUGCAACUACAUGCUUGAAGCGUUGAGGGUUGAUGGUAAAACUGAGGAAAUGGCUUAUGUGUUUGAUUUUAUGCAGAAGAGAAUCAUAAAGAGGGAUGCUACUACUUUCUUGACAAUCUUCAAGCUGCUUUCUGUGAAAGGUGGAUUGCGGCAAGCACCUUACGCACUUGGGAAGAUGAGAGAGUCUGGUUUUGCGUUGAAUGCUUAUUCAUACAAUGGACUGAUCCAUCUUCUGCUCAAGUCUAGAUUCUGCACAGAGGCAAUGGAGGUUUAUAGGAGAAUGAUCUUGGAAGGUUUUAGGCCUAGCUUGCAGACUUACUCUUCGCUUAUGGUGGGAUUGGGGAAAAGAAGAGACAUUGAGUCUGUGAUGGGUUUACUCAAAGAGAUGGAGACUUUGGGGUUGAAGCCAAAUGUCUACACUUUUACGAUAUGUAUUAGGGUGCUUGGUAGGGCGGGGAAGAUUAACGAAGCUUAUGCGAUACUGAAGCGAAUGGAUGAAGAAGGAUGUGGACCUGACGUGGUUACUUACACUGUUCUUAUUGAUGCUCUUUGUACUGCUAAGAAGCUUGACUGUGCUAAGGAGGUUUUCGAGAAGAUGAAAACGGGAAGGCACAAGCCGGAUCUUGUGACUUACAUUACUUUGCUGGAUAAGUUUAGUGAUAGCAGAGAUUUGGAUUCAGUGAGGCAGUUUUGGAGUGAAAUGGAGAAGGAUGGUCAUGUGCCUGAUGUUGUAACUUUUACUAUUCUUGUGGAUGCUCUGUGCAAAGCUGGGAACUUUGAAGAAGCGUUUGAGACUUUGGAUGUGAUGAAGGAGCAAGGUGUGUUACCGAAUCUACAUACGUACAACACUUUGAUUUGUGGUCUUCUGAGAUUUCACAGGUUGGAUGAUGCACUUGAGCUUUUUGGAAAUAUGGAAGCUUUAGGUGUUAAGCCUACUGCUUAUACGUACAUUGUUUUCAUUGAUUACUAUGGAAAGUCUGGUGAUUCUGUGAGUGCUCUUGAGACAUUUGAGAAGAUGAAGGUCAAAGGAAUAGCUCCGAACAUUGUAGCCUGUAAUGCGUCUCUUUAUAGUCUAGCUAAAGCGGGAAGGGACCGAGAAGCGAAGCAGAUCUUCUAUGGCUUGAAAAACGUAGGGCUUGCUCCUGAUUCAGUGACCUAUAACAUGAUGAUGAAGUGCUACAGUAAGGUUGGGGAAGUAGACGAAGCCAUCAAGCUGCUUUCUGAGAUGGUGGAGAACGAUUGUGAACCUGAUGUGAUCGUUGUUAAUUCUUUGAUCAAUACGCUUUACAAAGCUGAUAGAGUAGAUGAGGCGUGGGAGAUGUUUAUGAGGAUGAAGGAAAUGAAGCUCAAGCCUACGGUUGUGACUUACAACACAUUGCUCUCAGGUUUAGGCAAGAAUGGGAAAAUUCAGGAGGCGAUUGAGUUGUUCGAGGGGAUGGCGGAGAAAGGUUGUCCACCUAACACGAUAACAUUCAACACUCUCUUUGAUUGUCUUUGCAAAAACGACGAGGUGGUUCUAGCCUUGAAGAUGCUGUUCAACAUGAUGGACAUGGGCUGUGUCCCGGAUGUUUUCACUUACAAUACGAUUAUCUAUGGUUUGGUGAAGAAUGGUCAAGUCAAAGAAGCAAUGUGUUUCUUCCACCAGAUGAAGAAAGUGGUCUUACCUGAUUUUGUUACCCUCUGCACUCUUCUUCCAGGUGUUGUCAAGGCCGGUUUGAUCGAAGAUGCUUACAAAAUCAUUGCUAACUUUCUUCACAACUGUGCAGACCAACCAACCAAUCUCUUCUGGGAAGACUUGAUGGGGUCUGUUUUGGCUGAAGCUGGAAUAGACAAUGCCGUUUCUUUCUCUGAGAGAUUGGUCAGUAAUGGGAUUUGUCGAGAUGGUGAAUCGAUCCUGGUGCCAAUACUCAGAUAUUCUUUUAAACAUGGUAAUCCUUCAGGUGCUCGAACUAUAUAUGAGAGAUUCACAAAAGAUCUUGGUGUCCAACCGAAACUUCCGACCUAUAAUCUGCUAAUAGGCGGGCUUAUUGAAGCUGAUAUGAUUGAAAUAGCAGAGGAACUGUUCCUAGAGGUGAAGAGCACUGGUUGCAUCCCAGAUGUUUCUACUUACAACUUCUUGCUUGAUGCUUAUGGAAAAUCAGGAAAGAUCGACGAACUCUUUGAGCUGUACAAAGAGAUGUCUUCCCAUGAGUGCAAACCAAACACAAUAAGUCAUAACAUUGUCAUGUCCGGGCUCGUGAAGGCAGGAAAUGUGGACGAGGCUCUUGAUUUGUACUAUGAUCUUAUCAGUGAUGGGGACUUCUCUCCAACUGUUUGCACGUAUGGUCCACUUAUCGAUGGCCUCUCUAAGUCAGGAAGAUUAUAUGAAGCAAAACAACUCUUUGAAGGGAUGUUGGAUUAUGGCUGCAGGCCAAACUGUGCUAUCUACAACAUUCUCAUCAACGGGUUUGGAAAAGCCGGUGAGGCUGAUGCAGCGUGCAAGUUGUUCAAAAGGAUGGUUAAAGAAGGAGUAAGACCAGAUCUCAAGACUUACUCUGUUCUUGUUGAUUGCCUUUGUAUGGAUGGAAGAGUGGAUGAUGCCUUGCAUUACUUCAAUGAACUGAAGGAAUCUGGCCUCAGUUCGGAUGUAGUUUGUUACAAUCUAAUGAUCAAUGGACUCGGGAAGUCUCAGAGACUUGAAGAAGCUCUUGAGCUUUACAAUGAGAUGAAGAACAGCAGAGUAAUCACCCCUGAUCUCUACACUUACAACUCCUUGAUUCUAAAUCUUGGUAUGGCCGGAAAGGUUGAAGAAGCUGGGAAGAUCUACGAGGAGAUUCAAAGAGCGGGUCUUGAACCAACCGUUUUUACAUUUAACGCUCUGAUCCGUGGAUUCAGUUUGUCUGGAAAGCCCGAGCACGCUUACGCGGUGUAUCAGACAAUGGUGACCGGAGGUUUUAGCCCCAACACAGGAACAUACGAACAGCUCCCCAAUAAAGCUUGA